AUGGAAGCUAUUCUGGAAUCUGAAGAAUUGCAUUAUGUGGGAUAUUGGGAUCCCAUACGCAAAACGACGGUAUGGUACAAGCGGAAGAUUAGAAAAGGACGUUUUGUUUGCACUGUUCGCAAUGAUGAUACCAACACCGACGAUGACACCUAUAACGACUCGGAUACCGGAUCCGUGUCACCCCAUGGGAGUCUACCGCAUCCUUCCACGUCCCCCGAUGAUUCGGAGCAUAACUCAUCAGACACCGCUAUCUCGGAAGAGCAGGAGUGGUCCGAGUACAGCGAAUUUGAGCAUUCUGACGACUCUGGUGAAGCUGAUAGUUUUGGAACGGAACAGCUUACUCCGGACCAAGACUUCUGGAUCAAGCUCUUAGAGGCACGCACGAUGGGAAAAAUCAGAACCAAGCCUCCGACUCGAGAUCACGUACUGCUCAGAAAAAUAGCAGAAUAUGUCUGGCAGUGGAACGUCGAUAACAAUUCCCCCCAGGACGCACCCACUGAGAUUGAUUUUGAAGAUAUGGUGCGCGCGGUUUGUGAAGUAGCAGUCAAGUAUGCUUACAUCCAUGACCGCCGCGCUUUCUUCGUCGGAGAUGAGGCUAGGGGUUCUGAGGUCAAAUCUACUGUUAUAGAUGAGUCUUGCGCUGUGUUUCGAGAUGCGUUGUUGAACGUCGCAGUCUUCUUGAACAAUACCAAUCGUCUUGAGAAUAUACUUUCGAAGAGAUACACGGUUCUGUGUCUGGAUCAUAGUGUCACAAACUUCACGUCCAAUGAGAAUAAGAAACACGAAGCUCCAUUCCAACCCCGAAUCCCUCGCGUGGAGAAGGUAUCGCGCCACCGGUCGGCGGCAUUCAAGCCGCCAGAUUUUGGGAACAGUCUCAUUAGACUUGGAAACCCGGUCAAAGUGGCGGUACAGACUGGGAACAUGCAGUGUGCUUCGAUGCUCCUGAACAGCCUAAAAGGAGACCUCUCCGAGCUAAACCUCUGCCGAGAAGAUAUCAUCACCGCAGCAUCUCUUCCCGACCGAAUAGAGUUUCUUCGUCUUGCCAUUGAUGUUGGCCCACCACUUAUCGCGUACAAUAUUCGUUUGCCGUCACUUACUGAUCACUUGUUUCUUUUCGGUCGCAGUUAUCUUAGCACAAGAUCCAGAGCUGGCGUUGCGCUAAGCAAGAUCCUCGAAACAACCACAGAUCUCGAAGUCUUUGACCUAGCUUACAACACUAUACUAGCUGGAUACAACGAAGAAGAAGGCGUGUGGUGGACGAAGCCGCCCAAGACUUUCUCCUACGCAGCACUCACUCUAUCGUCGUGGGGAACGAAACGAAUCCAACGCGCGGUUCUGGAUGAUUGUCUCCCCAUCGUGGAAAGGCUGUUCCAGCUAGGCUACAAUCUAGGCCCGAACCACUCCUUAGCGGAAGCAAACGAUGAGAAUCGGGAUCUGGUGAAAUAUCUGAUCGAUAGCGAGAUCACGAGAGAUAAAGCCCUCCUGACCGCUGUUUGGAAUUGCAACGUCCGUAUGGUGCAGCUACUCUUCAAACGGGGUGCAGGGAGAAAUCGCAAGAGUGUUCGGAAAGCAAUAUACGCAGGCAUGUAUAUAGCAAGCACCGGAGGAAGCACUGAGAUGCUUCGUCUUGUUACGACUCAACCAGGCUUGGAAGGGUUGUUUAACCAAGGAUAUAGGCGGUGUUUUAGACGGGAUUUUGACGUCGAAGGGAGGAGGCAUGUAUGGCAGUGGCUAAAGUCGUUGUAA